GAAUAAUUAUUACAAUGAGUGUGUGUCUGCGCCAUCCUGUGGGCGUGGCCCCGAGCCCCGAGUAAACUCCACGGGGCGGUGGAGCCAACACCGGGUUCGCGGCACCAGCGCCACACGCCUGGCACCAUGGCCGCGUCUCAGGGGAAGCUGGAGCUGACCUUCGCCGACUGGAUGGGCACCUUGCCGGAGAGCAUCCACAGCAUCCCGCUCACCAAUUUAGCCAUCCCAGGGUCCCAUGAUUCCUUCAGCUUCUACAUUGAUGAGACCUCUCCAGUAGGUCCUGAGCAGCCAGAAACUGUCCAGAAUUUUGUCUCUGUGUUUGGAACUGUAGCCAAGAAGCUGAUGAGAAAAUGGUUAGCCACCCAAACCAUGAACUUCACUGGUCAGCUAGGAGCUGGGAUCCGUUACUUUGACCUGCGCAUUUCCACCAAGCCCAGAGACCCUGACAAUGAACUCUACUUUGCUCAUGGCUUAUUCAGUGCCAAAGUCAAUGAGGGUCUUGAAGAGAUCAAUGCAUUCCUCACAGAUCACCAGAAGGAGGUAGUAUUCUUGGACUUCAAUCAUUUUUAUGGGAUGCAGAAAUACCACCAUGAAAAAUUGGUUCAAAUGCUGAAAGACAUCUACGGAAACAAAAUGUGCCCAGCGAUUUUUGCCCAGGAAGUGAGUUUAAAGUACCUGUGGGAGAAAGACUAUCAAGUGCUGGUCUUCUACCACAGUCCGGUGGCACUGGAAGUGCCCUUCCUCUGGCCUGGGCAGAUGAUGCCGGCACCCUGGGCUAACACCACAGACCCUGAGAAGUUGAUCCAGUUCCUUCAGGCAUCCAUUACUGAAAGAAGAAAGAAGGGCUCAUUUUUUAUAUCUCAGGUGGUGCUGACACCCAAAGCAAGCACUGUGGUCAAAGGUGUGGCAAGCGGUCUCAGAGAAACAAUCACAGAGAGAGCUCUUCCUGCCAUGAUGCAGUGGGUCCGCACACAGUCGCCGGGCGAGAGUGGCAUCAACAUCGUCAUUGCUGACUUUGUAGAACUUGGUGAUUUCAUCAGCACUGUCAUAAAGCUCAACUAUGUGUUUGAUGAAGGAGAAGCCAACACUUGAUGUUACUAUUUUAAGUGUCCAUGAGUAAGAUAGAGAAGACUCAUUGUAUUAGGCACAUUAUCUACAGACACUCUGAUCUUCCUAUUCCACUGUGUUUCUGAAGGAAUUAGGGCUAGCAGUGGGUGGGAAAAGGGAGAAAAUAAUUUCUUCAGUCAUGAUAAACGUAUUCUGCAUUACUAUAAAUAUUUCAUUUCUCAUUUGAUGAGCAAAAUCUACUUCUAGUAUUAGGGAUAGGAAAGAACAGUGGAUUUUGGUUUUCAAAAUUAAUCUUUGUAACAUAUAACUCAUGAGUGUUUUAUCUGAUUGCAUUUUAUAAUUUCAAAGUAGGGCUCCUAUACUGUCUGUAUCCUCUGCCCUCUCUACUCCCUCUGGCUUGCUUUCACUAAUUAGAUGCUGUAUGGGUUUAAAAGCAAUUGAAUGCCCAACAUAAUGUGCAUUACAUUGUGGUACUGAAAUUUGUUUGUUUUGUGAGACUUGGUAAAAUAUUCUCUAGUCAUAUCCAUAUGGGCAAUCAUAGCUAAGUUUUGGUCAUAGAAAAUAUGCAUCAAAUCAGUUUCCCUGCAUCAGUAGUAUUGGAGGUCAUAAUCAGUGAUUUUUGUGUUGUAUGAAAAUAAUAAUGUUUCACAGUAUUUCUAUAUAAGGCAGCUAUAAUUAUAGUGUAAAAAUUUAAAAGGACUAUGAGUGCCAACUCCAUCAUGAGAAAAGAUGAAUGGUGAGUGUGGCGGCAGGGAUGGAUGCUACACUAAUUCAACAAGUCCUUAAGUAAUAUUUUCCUAUAAUGGUUAAGUUAUAAUGAGUGUGUUAAAAUCAGAAACUCUGAAGAUCUUUUCCCAAACUCACCUUAAUAAUUUUGUGGGUUUUUUUUCCUUAAAAAAAGCAGAGGUAGGAGAAAAAAGAAUGACUAUGCAGACUUUCCUACAAAACUUGGAUUUCUAAAUACUAGUUCUAAAUACCAAACUUUGAAGAAUAUUCUUCAAGAAGCUUCAGGUUUAUAACUUAAAGGAAAGGAAGAAGUACAACAGUUAGAGCAAUGUUUUUUAAGUUAUGUCCAAGAACUCAUAAUGACUCAUAAAAUAUUCUCUUGAAGUUCUCAAACUAUGUAUGAUCUGAGCAGGCUUGUUUAAAAUUGGAGGAAAUAUUCAACUCAAGAGUUUCAUCCCACUUCAGAAGUCAGACAAAGGCUGAGGGGAGAGGCCUCACUCAAUGUUUAUGUGGCCCAACUCAGGGAAGAGUAAUCCUAACACAUCCUGAGUGUGGCAUCCUUCUUGUUAUCUUUACAAUAUUUAACAAUCCUAAAAUAGUUUUUGAAGAGCACAAAUUCCUCUUUUUGUGCUUUUCAGACUAUUGUGAGGCAUUUUUAAAAAUCUAUACAAUUUGUUUAAGGUAUUACAAUUAUUAUUUAUUUUCAUACUUAGAAAUAACUGCACUGCAGUAGUGUCCUAGAACAGUACAGUUCCAUGAAAAUUAGCCCCCUAGAUAAAUAAAAACAUGACUUUAUCUUUUAAUUAAUUUACAUGGGUGACAUAUGAUUUAAUCUCUUACAUUUAGAUAGGGAAGUUUAUUUCAAGAUUAUAUGUCAAGAUUACAAACAAGCAAGAAUCAAUUUCCAGAUUACACUCAUUAUUUGAACAUUGUACUUGCUAGUAACUACAGCGAGGGAGUGAAAAUUGGCUAUGCAAGAAGAGAAUGUUCAUGAAAGAUGUGGUACCUGUGUAAACAAAGUAACAUAGCUAUGCACCAUGUAUUUCAUCAUAUACAGUAUACCAAUAUAUACACACUCUUGUACAAGCAGACAAAUACAAAUGAUUACAAAUACACAUACUAUAAGUAGACACUAAUUGAAAGACUUGUCCCAGAGCCAGACUGAGCCCCAAAAACAAUAAAAAAGAGUUACAGAAUCUUUGAAAAUGGAAUAGUCAAUAAUAUUAAAAUAUUUUUAAAUAUUUUACUUAUUUAUUUAUUGUAAGAGAAAAAAGCAGAUAGAGAAAGAGAGAACGGAUGUGCCAGGGCUUGCAAUCAGUGCAGAAGAACUUCAGAUGAAUG